GAAGUGCCAAGUUCCACCAUUGCAGAUGGCAACUCAGUUGUUAAUCUUAUUAGCCUUAGCGUUACUUUUUUAGAAAAAUAUAACUUAACUGUAGUAUAGACUGGGUAGCAUAUCAAACUGAACCAUCGUUGACAAGAGUGGAAUUUAAAUGAUGGCAUCUCUUCCUAUACAUGGAGCAAACCAUCCAAAAGUUUUCCCAGUCCAUCCUGUGAAAAUCAGUUUUCCUAUGUUAGCUACAUUGAAUGUGAUUACCUGGUUACGUAACCAUCGUUUUCACAUUUUAUGUUUCACUGGUGGUAUAUUAAUGCCAAUAGUUUUACCACUUUUUCAUCUUGGAAUUUUUUACAAGCUGUGGGAAAUAUAUGCAGUGAAAGUUGAUCGGAAUUCCUGUUCUUGUUCUUGCUGGGACACAGUAUUUAAAGCUAACUAUGAAACGGGGGUUUCAGGAUACAAACAUGUAUAUUUUAAUACAAACAUGAACACACUAAAGAUUUGGACUGUGACAUGCAUUGCUACUAUCGCACUGUAUGAAACAACAAAGCGUACAAUUUUCCUUGUUUGCCAAAAGCAGAUACGUUUUAGUAUGCUGAUCCUUAUGGUAUCCAUUAUUUAUUCCCAUUACUACUCCUGGUGGUCCUACUUCAACUACUGGAAUGAUGAUUUCUAUAAACAAUGGAACCAUCAGUUGUUCUUUAGUAUCACAGAAGUAGCAUCCACUAUUAUAGUAGUGUACCUGCUAGAUUCAAAUGUUCCUGUUUCCCCAAGAAAGCUGUUGUUCAUCAUAGAUAUUGCCAUCCUGCACAUUCUAGCCAGUGGCUUUGACCAGUUUGUUUCUAAUGUUUUGAAGGCUGAAGGUGGUCUGCACCAGAUUCUUAGAGACUUGGGACUCAUGCUGCCAGAUGUACUACAUGUUGUGCUGCCACUUGGUGAGCUAGUUAGGUAUGCUCGCAGAUUAGGAAUACCACCCCUCCAUUCGGUUACAACACCAGACUUUAUUGGAUCUGUAUUGUUUGUGCUUUUUAUGUGGAUGUUGUGUUUGAAUCUUUAAAAUAUUAUUUUACAUGUAAUGAUAUGGUGCAUACAGUUUCAAUAGGGAUGGAGUUUUCUAAAAAGAUGUUAAAACAGAAUAAAUAUUUUGUUACUUUGUACAAACAAUAAUGUUCUUUAUAGCUGUUAAUAUAAAUUUUCACUAUAUUGCUACUUUUUGUAUGUCUAACACUGUUCUUUUCAGGAAAUUUUAUAAAUAAUUUUAUCUGGCUUAGGAUUUUAAAAGAAACUUCUACUGUUGCAUGCACAAAUGCAUGUGGUAACUGGGGCUUGACUUUAGAUGUUCAUUGAAAAGUUAAAAAUCAAUGGUACAAGCCUGUGAAGUGACUAAGCAACUUAAGAAUUUUGUCAGUGCUCCCUAUUUACCAACAUCUGAAACAAGGGUGCGGCACCUCAACACAUUUUCCAUCAUAUAUCAAAUAUGCAAUAGCUUCUUCAACAUUGCCCUAGUUCUUUCAGCCAUCUACCCCAUUACUUCUCUUUGUGGGAGAAAUGUCACUUUUGCCAUCCUUUGUUUUCUUAACUGUAAUGUUCAUACCUUGAGGUUGUUAAUGAAGGAAACUAUUAACUAGUCACUUGUUUUAGUAUUGUCACUUGCUUCUAAUAACUCAUGAUUCUCUUCAAUACUACCAGCUUCUAAAACUACUUACUACCUUUAAUAUAAUUUGUUAUUGUUCCACAGCUGUUACUUGUUACUUUGGUCAGUGUUAUCAGGUAUCAAAACCAAAGUUUUACUGUCUGCUUCCUAGUUUGCUGAAGAAAAAGUUUUAGAAUACUAUGUUUAUCAUUCAUAUAGUUAGUACAUUUUCUGUACUGGCAAAGUAUUGAGUGUUUUCCAAGUUUUUGAGUUUUCAUGAAUAUACAUCAUGUACUUACUUAUGUGUGUGCUGUGUGAACUUGCUAGCAUUAGUGCACAGGCCUCAUAAUUGUUAAACAACUAAUUAAUAACUGAUACAAAUUAGGUCACUAGAACUCUAGGAAAAAAAUAAUGAAGACAUCAACAAAAUCAAAAUAUUUAUUUCUGUUAUUUGUUUCAAGGUACUUUUUUACAAGAACUGAUGGAAAACUUGGAUUUUAAACAUUUUUCUUGUUUCACAGAAACUUUCCCUGUUGCACAGUAUAACAUGAGCUUUACACCACCUGAAGCCAGUGGUAAAUAUACAUUACAUGUGCUUGUAUUUUCUGUUUAGAAAACAUAAGCAGCAUUUUAUUCAAACAAAAAUAAAAAAACUUUGUUCUUUUUGAUAGAUCCCAACAGUUUUUUUUUCACUAUUAUGAUUAUUUAGUUUCAGUCUCUUGCUCUGUUAGGAGUUAAUGUUAAUUAACCCUCAGUUACUUUAAUUAAACUCUAUGUUAGUAGUUUAGAGUAAUGUCUUAAGUAAUAAACAUUUAGUAAUUUUGCCAGAGUUUCUUGGUUGAAUAUAUAUUUCCAUACAGUUAAUUUUAUAUCUGCAAGGCUUUUAGUGUUUUGUUUUGGACAGGGUGGAAUUGCAUUCCUGCAGUUCCAUUGUAGGUUAUUAUUUGAUGCUUUAUUACAAGGAAUCUUUAAUUAUGUUUGUCUUUCUGCCACAUGGUUAUAGGGUUGUAUUUACACAGGACAAAUGAAUAAAGAUGAACAUUUUAUGUAUAAUAAA